AUGACUGAUGAACUUAUUGAAACAUUACAAUUUACCUCUGAUCAACUCAAUCGAUAUUUAGCACCUAUUAUAUUUCUUUUUGGUGUAGUAGGAAACACUUUUAAUUGUCUUAUUCUAUCAAAACGAACACUUCGAUCAAAUCCAUGUGCAUUACUUUUUCUGGUUUCAUCCUUUAUCGGUCUUAUUUCUAUGGUAGCUGGUUUACCAACUCGAAUAUUGGCUGGUUGGCAUCAUGAUCCAACAAACACAAUGGAUUGGGCAUGUAAAACUCGGGUUUUUAUGGUAUUUAGUACCAGAACAAUGGCAAUAUGGCUAAUUGCAUUAGCUACAAUUGAUCGAUGGUUUUUAUCAUCAGUUAAUAUUCACCGUCGACAAAUGAGCAAUUUGAAAAAUGUUAAACGAGAAAUAGUCAUUGUUGUAAUUGUAUCGAUUAUUUCUUAUACUCAUAUGAUUAUCUGUUAUAAAGCUAAUAUGAAUGAUGAACCAUUAAAAUGUUAUGGCAAGUCAGUAGAAUGUCGUAUGCUAACUGAUUUAGUUUAUGCUAUUAUAACAAUAAUAAUUCCAUUAAUUAUAAUGAUUAUAUUUGGUUUAAUGAUUAUUGCAAAUGUGCAUCAUGCUCGCAAUCGUAUACAAACAAGAACAACUCUAUCAACAGUCAUACCAUCAAGAACAGAAGAAUUAAGAAUAAAAAAAAUUGAUCGUCAUUUACUUCGAAUGUUGUUAGUACAAGUUCUUCUUUUAACUUUAUUCUGUACUCCACAAGCAGCACAAAAAUUUUAUAUUUCACUUAAACCAUUUUAUAUACUUAGCGAACGAGAAGAUGCCAUAAAUAUUUUUCUAUAUAAUAUUGAAGUAAUUCUGGCUUUUGUAGCAAGUGGUAUGCCAUUUUAUGUUUAUACAAUAAGUGGUGGCACAGUUUUUCGACGAGCAUCGACAGAUUUUAUGAAAAAAGUGUAUCGAAGACUCACUUGCCGAUUAUAA